AUGCAGUGUUCAUAUGUGGGUCAAUUUGAUAUACUUCAUUCAAAAAAACGACGACUCAUGGGUUCUGAAAUGAAUCGAGUCUUGAAUGCGACAAAUAAACAAAAAGAAAAUGCUUCUGUUUAUAUUCGAUCUGAAGUGAAUAGACUAAUGAAAGAAGGGAAUUGUGUUCCUGCUCAGAUCCCUAAUAGUUCUAGUAUUAGAACGGCAAAAUGUAGAGCGUUAAGAAAAGAAAGACUUCAUACUGAUCCUAUAAUUGCUCUUUUCAUUAUGAAACGGAAUACUACGUACGGUGAUACAAUUCGUGAUAUUGGAUAUGACCACUUUUUUGUCCAUUUUUGGAGUAACCUUCAGUUACAAAUUUAUAAGGAAUUUUAUUUGAAAUCCAAAAUCCCGUGUAUGCAAUUUGAUGCCACUGGUGGAUGCUGCAGAAAAAUCAAAAGAUUAGAACAACACCAAAGUAGUAAUUUAUUCCUUUAUGAAGGCGUUAUGGAAAUAGAGAAUAAAACUUUUACAGCAUUAUCAAUGGUAUCAGAGCAACACGAUAAUUUAGCUAUAUCUACGUGGUUGGAUAGAUGGCUAAGAUGUGGUGUUCGUGCUCCAAAAAUGACAGUUUGUGACCAGUCAAUGGCUUUAAUGUCAGCACUUGUUAAGUCAUUUACACAAUUCAAGUCAUUGGAAGAGUAUUUAGGUACGUGCUUUAAGCUGGUUUCAAAUAGGUCUAAUGAUAUAAUACCUUAUUGCUAUAUAAGAAAUGAUAUAAACCAUUUUAUACAUUUAAUUUGUAAAUGGGCUCCAUUAAAUAAAUCUAAAUAUGCAAGAACAAAACCACUAUAUGUUAGAUCAAUGGCGCUUUUAAUUUUUUGUAACACACUAGACGAAGCUAAACUUAUAUUAGAAGCAAUUUUUAAAAUAGCAUUUAGUAAAAGUGAUGGCCUUCUUGUGAAUCCAACGGAAAAUAUCACAAAAACUCCUUGUGCGUUAAGUAAAACAUUUCUUAAAAACCUCAUUAAGGACAAAACGUCAUAUAUACAAGUCUUUGACAAGUUUAUUGAUUCCAGUAGUACUGAUGAUGUACUUCAAUGUGGUAUAAACAACGAUUAUAAUAUACCUGAAAUAGUUGGUAAUUCUUUUAAAGAGUGGGCGUCUAUCAUAGCUGAUAACUGCAAAGCUGCAGUGGAACAUGUUGACGGCGAGGAUGAUAAUGGUCAGUACAUGCCAGAAUUAGUUCCUUUAAUUAUAAAUGUUAUGAAAUUAUACCCAUGUUGGUCUGGUAUAAUGACAAAGAUAUUUGGUUUUGGUGAUGCCACAGUAUCAAGUAGUCGCAUAGAAAGUAAUUUCAACCAAAUUAAAAAUGGUGUUUUUAAAAAUGAAAAUUUGCCAAUAAGAGUAGACAAUUUUGUAGAAAAACUCAUACAUUAUUAUAGAGGUGAUCACUUACUUACAGCUAAUUCGGUUAAUACUAUCCAACAAGAAAAUAACAAAUCACAAAAAAAUUAUUGUAAUAAGCAACAAUCUAUAGAGAUCUAUAAAAAUCACUCAAUAAAAAAUAUCCCUUCAACUUAUAAGGGUAACUAUAAUGUCGUUAUUGAAAAUAGCAAAAAUAAUGAUGAAAUUCAUAAUGUUGACCACAAUGAAAACGGUAAUGAUAAUAAUAAAGAAUAUGAAUUUGUUGAGUGUAAUGAUGAAGCUAAUGAUUAUAAUGACGAAUAUGACAAAGGUAAUGAUGCUAACGACAAAUAUGACAAUGGUGACUUCAAUAAUAAAUAUUGUAAUGACGAAUAUGAAAAUGGUGACUACGGCAAUAAAGGUAAUGGUUACAACAACGAAGAUGAUAAUGGUGACUAUCAUGAUAAUAGUAAUGAUGAUAAUGACGAAGUUGAAAAUGGUGAUUCCAAUAGUAACAGUAAUGACGAUAAUGUCAAAUAUGACAAAAGUAGUAACGACAAUAAUGGUAGUGCUGUUAGUAGUGAUGAUAACAACUAUGAAAGUGAUAACGGUGAAAAAACAAACGACGAUGAUGCUCCUACUUGCUUACCAUGUAGAAAUGGUGAUUUUCCAAGUGGUAUACACCGGUGUGUUUACUGUAAUAAAGCAGUUCAUUUGUUUGGUUGCUCAGUAAAAAAUCCAUUAAGUGAAGAAGGAUUUGGCGAAUCGCGGAUUUGUCUAGUAUGUGAUAAUAAAAAUAAAGAGUCAAUGGCAAAUGAGAUGUGGAUGAAAAAAAAACCAGUGACAAAUUUUCGAUCCACCAAAUCAUACCUUGUUGCUCAGCCAGGAUUUAAUCAUUUAAAUUUGAAUUUAAAAAAUAAAGAAAAUAUUGUAGCGUUUCUGAAAAAUAGCAAUACUUUUCAAAAUAAACCUCUUAUUGUUAAAGGAAUAGGCAAGGUAAUUUUGACUAAUAGUUGUUCUCCGGAUUCCUUGUUGACUAUCUUAGCAUGUGCUGCUGCAGAUAGUGAGAUUUUCCACAAGUUUCUUUUAGAAAAAUCAAAAAAAAACAAAACCUCGCAAUUUGUUCUACAAAUGAUCAAAAGUAAAAGUGGAAAAAAAAUAUAUAAUGAGCGUAUUAGAUUAUUAGCUCCACACUAUGAAUUUAAUAAUAACCAUAUUGUCAGCGACAUUAAAUUAAUGGAUGCAAUGGAUAUUAUUUCAUCAACAGCCAGCAAAUUAUUAAAAGGUAUACCAUCAUACAUUAGACUUAACCGCUGUUCAGAUUUUCUCUGUUCAGAAUUUUCUUUGGACCACAGCUAUGAAGUAUUAUCAUUGACGGCUUAUGAGGGAAAAAUUAACGUCCAAGAAAAAAUUAAUAAAUAUUUCACAGAAAAAGAGUAUAUUGAGUGUCAAAGCUGCAAAAGUAAUAGAAUUAUAUCUAUCAGCAUGAAAAGUCAUUUGUUGAUAGAACUACUAUCAUUACCUAAAGAUCUAGAAGCAUCAACGAGCUUUAACACAAGCGAUAUUGGAGCAAUCCAAAAAAAUUAUGCAGGAAAAGUUCAAUUGCAUUUAGACAGUAUUGCAAAGACAAUACAAAUUUACAAGGAAGUUUAUUAUUUAAGAGGGGCUGUAGGAUUUAGUGGUCAAGACCGGUGGGGCUUAAGAGUGACUGCAGGCCACUAUAAGGCGUUUGCUUAUAGAUCCAAUGAUCAAUGGGAAGUUUAUGAUGACCUAAAAGAUGGAGUAUCGUUAGCAACAAAAAAUAAAGUGAACAUUGAAAUGUUAUUGUAUACAAAAUAA